GGCGGCUUUCAGGUGAUGAGAAAAGUUUACAGAAAGAAAGCUGUUUAUCUGUUGAAUUCUCCAACUGAAGUCUUGCGUAGAUUGUAACAUUAGUUUAGAAGGAUAUUGUGGAACCUCUUAACAUAGUUUUAAGGAGUUUUGACGGUGGAAACUAGUCGAAAAAAUGAAGUUAACUGCAGAUCUUAUUCUACAAAGCCCUCAGUACACAAACGCUUUGCGAGACAGGGAACUUGAUUUGCGUGGUUAUAAAAUUCCAGUAAUUGAAAACCUUGGAGCAACCUUGGAUCAAUUUGAUACUAUUGAUAUGUCGGAAAAUGAUAUCCGCAAACUGGAAGGAUUUCCAUUACUCAAGAGACUUAAGAGUUUGCUUUUGAACAACAACAGGAUAUGUCGUAUAGCUGAGAAGUUGGAAGAAAGCCUACCACACUUAGAGACAAUUGUUAUGACUUCAAACAACAUGCAGGAAUUGAAAGAACUGGAUCCACUGAAGUCUGUCAAGACUCUUCAAUAUCUUAGUUUGCUUCGAAAUCCAGUGACCAACAAACCUCACUACAGAUUAUACGUUAUCCACAAAUUGCCACAAUUAAGAGUGUUGGACUUUCAGAGGAUCAAGCAAAGGGAAAGAGAAGCUGCAAAGAAAAUGUUUAGUGGCAAAAGAGGAGAAGGUGGUCACAAGGGAAGAAAACCAAAAACGUUCGUCCCUGGAGAACCACCAGCUGCCUCAAGACCACUACCAAGUAAACCUCUCCCACCACCCACAAGGGACAUUGCCGCAAUUAAGGCUGCCAUUGCAAACGCUCGCUCCCUGGAUGAGGUACAAAGACUAGAGAUGUUAUUAAAAACAGGACAGGUACCUGGCAGGAGCAAACAGAAUGAUAAUGUUGAUGAAGAGAUGGAAGACAUGUCUAAUGGCACAUGAACAGACUCAGUAUUAAAUGUAACAUACAUAUAAUCUUUUUCUCUGUAAGUGAAUCAUGUGGCCAAGCUGACUUAUGUUUUAUAAUGGCAGCAAUCUUUUGUAAUUAGAUGUAUUUAAUACAAAACCAAAGCUUUCAACUUU